AUGGAGUCCGAUGAAAUAAGGGGGCUGACAGAAGGAAAAGUUCCGAUCGAAGGAACGGAUCCGCCGACUUACCUCUUUUCGUUUCAGCAUAUUGCAAAUGAUCGAUUCCGAUUGGGGGAAGAUCAACGAGGAGGAAAAUGUUUGAAUGUCCUCCUCCUUGGCUUGACUGGAUCAGGAAAAUCGAUGAUUGGGGAGGUGAUGGGGAACUACGCGCUGGGAGUAGAUUAUCGGGAUCCCCAUCGGUUUCGGGUGAAGAAGGAUGGAUCCACGAACAGGAUCAUCUCAUACACCUUUUUCACCAGGGACAGGAAAAAGUUCCCCCAUCCCGUCACCAUCAUCGACACGCCGGGCUUGCAGAAGGGGACACAGGCGGAUGACCAGAAAUUGAUUGAAGAUAUUUACGCUUACACCAAAGACAUCGACAUCCACGCCGUUGUCUUCGUCGUUCCGGGCUCUCAGGGGAGAUUGACGGCAGAGCAAAAGGUGGUGCUAGCAAACAUGGCCAAAGUCUUGGGAGGUAGGAUUCCUGGAAUCCACGACAUUUCCUAUCUGUUUUGCACAUUCGCAGACAGCAAACGCCUCCCCGUCCUAGAAGCCGUGAAAGACGCGGGUUUGAAAUACAAAGAGUAUUUUCCCGUGAACAGCUCCUCCUACUUCGCCAAGGAGGAGGAGGACGAUAGAUUUUCCUUCGACGAGGAGGAAGUGAAGAGGAAGAAACUGAAGAUGAUGUCCGUCAACGAGAGUUCAAAGAUGGAGAAGAAACAAUUUUGGCAUCAAAGGUUGAAAGGAGGGAAGGCUCCGAUCGGAGGGAAGGACCUGCCGACCUAUCUUCUUCCGUUCCAAGCCAUUCCAAAUAAAACUCAUUGGUUCCGUUUGGGGGAGGAUCAACAAGACGUACAACAAUGUCUGAACAUCCUCUUCCUCGGCCCGACUGGAUCAGGGAAAUCGUUGUUGUUGGAAGCCAUGGGGAAUAACGUACUGGGAGUGGAGUAUGGAGAUCCAUAUAGAUUCCGAGUGAAAGAGGAAGGACCCACGAAGCAGAUCACAUCACACACAUUCUUUACCAAGAAAGAGCAAGGAAGGUUCCUUCGUCCCGUCACCUUCAUUGACACACCGGGCUUCCAAACGCGGACACCCGAGGAUGACCAGAAGUUGAUGGAAGACAUCCGAGCUCAUAUCUGGUCGAACCAUUGGCUGGGGAUCCACGCCGUCAUUUAUGUCUUCCCAGCCUUUCAGUGGAAGCUGACGGCGAAGCAGAAGAUGGUGUUGGAGAACAUGUUCCAAGUCUUAGGAAAUGAGACUAAUAGCAUUUCCUACCUGUUUUGCACAUUCGCAGACUGCAAACGCCCCCCCGUCCUGGAAUCAAUGAAAGAGGCUGGACUGAAAUACAAGGAGUAUUUCCCCGUGAACAGCUCCAGCUACUUCGUGAAGGAAAGAGAAGACGAUGGAUCUUCUUCCGACGAAGACAAUGAAUCCAUUAACAAACUACUGUGGACGAUGACGACGGAGAGCUUUGAAGCAUUCAAAAUAGCCAUCCAUCCAAAGAAGUUUGUUUUGCUGGUUUUUGGAGGGAUCGUCCUCGCCGUCGGCAUCGGCCUCAUCCUCGGGAUAUUCACAGAAAGUGUUGGCGGGGCUGUUGCGGGCAGUUUGCUGGUUUUCGUGGUCUAUCAAGCAUUUCUGUUCACCUGCGCAUGCACUAGACGUAUUGCAGAUGAUCGAUUCCGAUUGGGGGAAGGUCAACGAGGAGAGAAAUGUUUGAUUGUCCUCCUCCUUGGCUUGACUGGAUCAGGGAAAUCGAUGUUGGGGGAGGUGAUGGGGAACUACGGGUUGGGAGUGGAUAUUCGGGAUCGCCAUCGGUUUCGGAUGAAUAGAGAUUACGGACCGACGAGCAGGAUCACCUCGUACACCUUUUUCACUAGGGACAGGAAGAAGUUCCGUCAUCCCGUCACCAUCAUCGACACGCCGGGCUUGCAGAAGGGGACGCUCAAGGAUGACGAGAAGUUGAUGAAAGAAAUUCGCGAUUUUGCACAAAAUAUGGAAAUCGACGCUGUCGUUUACGUCGUCACUGGCUCUCAGGGGAGAUUCACGGCGGAGCAAAAGGUGGUGAUAGCGAACACGGCCAAAGUCUUGGGAGAUAAGAUUCCUGAAAUCCACGACAUUUCCUAUCUGUUUUGCACGUUUGCAGACAGCAAGCGCCUCCCCGUCCUAGAAGCCGUGAGAGAGGCGGGAUUGAAAUACAAGAAGCAUUACGUCGUGAACAGCUCCUCCUACUUCGCGAAGGAAGAAGAAGAGGAUGAUGGAUCUUCCUCCGACGAGGAGGAGGUGAAGCAAGAGAAACGGAAGACGAUGUCCAUCAACGAGUUGUUAUGGAAGAUGACGACGGAGAGCAUUCAAGACUUCAUGAUGGAUAUUUUGGACUGCGAAGCACGAAAAAAGAAAGUGGAAGAAAUGAAGAGACAGGAGGAACUGAAGAGACAGGAAGAAUUGAAGAGACAGGAGGAAUUGAAGAGACAGGAAGAACUGAAGAGACAGGAAGAAAUGAAGAGACAGGAAGAAUUGAAAAGACAGGAGGAAUUGAAGAGACAGGAGGAAUAUAAGAGACAGGAAGAAUUGAAGAGACAGGAGGAAUUGAAGAGACAGGAAGAAUUGAAGAGACAGGAUAAAUAUAAGAGACAGGAAGAACUGAAGAGACAGGAAGAUUUGAAGAGACAGGAGGAAUUGAAGAAACAGGAAGAAUUGAAGAGGCAUGAAGACAGGUAAAUACUUAAAGAUUGCUCGUAAAAUGACUUUCUAAAGGCAGGGCCGGAUUAAGGUUAUGACGCUCCUGAGGCUAAUGGGAGGGAAGGGUCUAUGUGUGAAUUGCAUAUAGAAAAAAAAAUGGAAUGGAGGGCCUAAAGUAGGACCUAAGACUAUAGCCUUAUUCGCCUAUGGGUUAUUCCGGCCCUGCCUAAAGGCAGUAUGUCCAAGUUUCCCCGCUGCUUAAGAACAUUUCCCCUCCCGUUGUACUUGAGGUAA